CUACAAGAAAAUCAUAUAUUUCCGGUGGAUAUUUACCGAAGGAAGUAUUUCAACGGUAAUUUUGAUUUACCGAAGGAUCUUUCGACGGAUAUUUAGGUGUAACAUUAUCGAAGGAUUUGGUUCGCCGGUAAAGGCAUUGUUAUGGUUAGAGGUCAUUAUCGAAGGAUUUGGGCCGCCGGUAAAGGGUCAGGAAAUAUAAUUAAACAUUGCAGAAGGGUGAUUCUCCCUCUCGAGUGACAGAAGCCAGAGACACCUUUAGAAGCAUUUAGAACCCUUCUUCUUUGGAACUCAUCUUCGAGUGUGCACAUCUCUUCCUUCGCAGAGUCUCGGAUUCCUGCAGAUUCAGUGCGUGUGAGGUAUCAGAUUCCUGUGGCUGUUAGUGGAUGGUCGUCCAAUCCACCAUCGUUCGCGGCCAGUGGAAAAGUCCUAAAACCCUGUUGCAUUGUGGUGCGUGAAAGACGAAUCUUGAACUGGAAUUUUGAGAAGGUCAAACCCGCUGCUGAGGAGGUCUUGCAGGUGGUGCCUUGCUUUUGCUUCUCCCGUUAAUCUAACAUGGCCCAUUUUCCCAACCACCGAGGGUGGANGUACGANCGUUNUUAUAGCGGAAGGAGAGGUUUAAAAGAAGCUUUUGUCAUCGGAGUUGAAGAGUUUAUCGAGACGGCUCGACAAUGUCAAUAUUAUGCAAUUGAUGGAGGGAUUCGAUGUCCAUGCUUGAAGUGUGAAUGUACACGAAUUUUGGAAGAUCAAGAAGUCAAAGUUCACCUUUACAAGAAAGGUUUCAUGCCAAAUUACAAGAUUUGGACAUUACAUGGAGAAGAAAUACCUUCUACCUCGACUGNUGGCAAUAAUUGCUUCGCUUCAGGUUCAAACACUUUUGUACGUACUAAUGAGAUAGAUGACAUUAAUCAUAUGCAAGAGAUGGUUAACCAUGCUCUUGGUCGACAUGGACAGGAAGAAGCGUAUGAUUGUCUUGAUGAGGAGUCUCCAAAUGAGACGACUCAACGGUUUUAUAAUUUAUUGACAAAGGCAAAUAAACCUGUAUUUGAAUGGUUAACAGAGUCAAAAUUGUCAGCGUGCCUUCAAAUUAUGGCUUGUAAAUCUAAUUGGAAUGUUCCCAAUCAAGCCUUCGACUUCAUGAAAAAGUUCUUUUUAAGGUUGACACCACCAAACAAUUNUUUGCCAAAGAAUUUUUAUGAAGCCAAAAGUUGUGUUUCAAAGUUGGGAUUGGAAACAAAGAAGAUCGAUUGUUGUUUGAAUGGAUGUAUGCUUUUCUAUGACAACGAGAAUGGGAAAAAUGAUGCAUCGUUGGUCGAGUGCAAGUUUUGUGGCCAUCCUCGAUUUCAGACAUUGCAUCCAGGACGGAGGCAAGGAAAACCGAUUGCAUUAAAGUCCAUGUUCUACUUGCCGAUCAUUCCAAGAUUACAAAGAAUGUUCGCCUCAAUGCAAACAACACAACACAUGACUUGGCAUGAUGGUAACAAAAUUGAAGGAGUGUUGUGUCAUCCUUCUGAUGGUGAAGCUUGGAAGCACUUCAAUCGUAAACAUCCAUCCUUUGCUAGUGAACCUCGUAACGUGCGACUUGGUCUAUGUUCAGAUGGGUUUACACCUUACAUUCAAGCGUCCGCAUCACCAUAUUCAUGUUGGCCGGUGAUUGUCACCCCCUACAAUCUUCCGCCUGAGAUGUGUAUGACAAAACCUUACAUGUUUUUAACGUGUAUAAUUCCAGGUCCAUCUAAUCCCAAGGCAUCCAUUGAUGUUUAUUUGGAGCCAUUGAUUGAUGAUUUGAAGAAGUUGUGGAGUGGUAUUUGGACAUAUGAUGUUAGUAGGAAGCAAAAUUUCUUGAUGAGAGCAGCUUUGAUGUGGACUAUUAAUGACUUCCCCGCAUAUGGCAUGUUAUCUGGUUGGAGCACGCAUGGUCGGUUAGCUUGUCCACAUUGCAUGCAACACACAAAGUCAUUCUUUUUGACUUAUGGUCGCAAAAAUUCUUGGUUUGACUGUCAUCGAAGGUUCUUAUGCAGUGAUCACCCAUUUAGGCGAAACAGGAAAGCUUUUCGCAAAGGACAAGUUGAAACAGAUAUGGCCACCACUAAGGUCACUCCAUCUCAAAUCUGGACUAAAGUCGAACAUCUUCCAAAAGUGACUGAAAGUGGUUUCAUUAGGAUUGAAGGGUAUGGGGAAUGGCAUAAUUGGACUAAGAGGAGCAUUUUUUGGGAUCUNCCAUAUUGGAAAGAUAAUUUGCUAAGACAUAAUCUAGAUGUCAUGCAUAUAGAAAAAAAUUUCUUUGACAACAUCUUUAAUACAGUUAUGAAUGUUAGUGGAAAGACCAAAGAUAAUGAAAACGCACGAAGAGAUUUAUCUUUAUAUUGUUCACGAAGAGACUUGGAGUUGAAGGCACUAGAUAACGGGAGNACACUGAAACCAAANGCNAAUUACACGUUAACAAAAGAGGAGGCCAGAAUAGUAUGUCGAUGGCUAAAGGACCUUAGAAUGCCAGAUGGUUAUUCUUCAAACCUUGCUAGAUGUGCUAAUAUUGAAAAAGGAAGCAUUCAAGGUAUGAAGAGUCAUGAUUGCCAUGUAUUUAUGGAGACAUUAAUCCCUAUUGCAUUCAGUUGUUUGCCAGUGCAUGUCUUAAAUCCACUCAUAGAAAUUAGUCACUUCUUUAAAGAUUUGUGCUCCACGACGCUGAAGGCAGAUUCACUGGCAAAGUUGGAGGAAAAUAUUCCAAUCAUUCUUUGCAAAUUAGAAAGAGUACUCCCCCCUGCAUUCUUUGAUUCAAUGGAACAUCUUCCAAUUCAUCUUGCUUAUGAAGCAUGGCUUGGUUGA